AUGAUUUCGAUGACAAAACAGGGCUCGUGUUUUCACGACAAAAGCGUUCAAACGAAUCCAAUCGAUAGUGACACUAGGUCAAAUAUAAAAGAGUUAUUGGAAGAUUUUGCUUCUAACACAACAGCUCAUGGCUUUGCUCAGAUAAAUUUGAGUGGUCGAACAUCAACAAAAAUGUUUUGGAUGUUGGUCACCUUGGCUGCGUAUGUAUAUUUAUACAAAGAAGGAUCAUCUUUAUUAAAAUUUUAUAAGAGUAAGCCAAUCACGACCAACGUUUACUUUGAAGAAAACGAAUAUAUGGAUUUUCCUGACAUUUUAAUAUGUAACCUAGAUCCUGUCAAAGAGAAAUUAAAGAACAAGUUUAUAAAAGAGGGUAUAGAGGCUUACAAAGAGAUGCAUUUUAAUGACACUAAUUUAAUGCCUUUUGCAGAUUUACGCACUGAAGAUCUAUUUAGAAUAUUGCAUUAUUCAAUGGUUGCUAAAUAUGGCAUCUCAGCAAUACAAUCAAAAUAUCUUAAAGAAACGUUAGACAUAAAAUGCUAUUACAAAUAUUACAAAGUCGAUUGUUCUUCUUCAAUCAAAUGGAGCUCAGCUCGUGGCAACUGUUGGCUUGUUGAUCUAACGCAAGAAAAGUUAAGAUCUAUCGACAAAGGGAGUUUUGAUGGUAUUACAAUAAAAAUAGGUCUAUCUCCGAAUCGUAAUUCUAGUUUAGAAGAUUUCACAUCAUAUCCUGGUGUUGACAUUUUGAUUCAGGAUAAAAAUUACAUGUUCUUUCCCGGCUAUGAUGGAGAGAGCUUGGCCCCUGGUUAUUCGUACAAUAUCGGUUUGAAAAAAAAAAUUGUCAAAAGGAUUGAUCGAUUUGGUAACAACACUUGUAUGGAAGACUAUUGGGUUACAAAUUCAUUACAGCAUUAUUCCCCUAAUAUUUCUUACAAUAAAGCAAAUCAACAGUUGUGUAGACUGAUAGAAAUGUUCAAGGAGAGUAUGGAGAUGUGCAGAUGCACCAACGUUGCAUCUAUUGCAAAAAUAAUUGAUGAAAAGUUAGUAUGUGGAAUAAAUGACAGUUGCAGUUUUAAUCAGACGUUCUCAGGUAAAUACAUAUCGAAAUGCCCUUUACCAUGCCAUGAGACGAUUUAUGAACAACAAGUAUCCAGCCGACCUAUAACACCAAGUUCAAUAAAAAAUUCAGGAGCUGUUGAAAUUAAAUUAUUUUUUAGAGAGCUAAGAACAGAAGUAUGGGAAGAACAACCUGCCUAUAGAUUUGAACAAUUAUCUGGAGAAAUGGGUGGUUUAUGCGGUUUGUUCACAGGCAUUUCCUUUAUCACCUGUUGGGAAUAUAUAUGCAUUUUGGGAGCUCUUUUAUUCUAUUGUGCAAAAAAAUUGUUUCAAGUUACAAGAAAAAGGACUAUAAGAUGGUAUGUUAGUGGGAAGCCUUAA